AUGCUCGAACCUCACGGUAGUCCAAUGAAGUGGCCGGGUUCAGGGGCUGAAGAAGAGGCGGGCGAAGCAGGUUUGCAAAAUGCCCGUGCUCCGCAAACACGCAGUCAAGAUGAUGCUGGUGUACAUUACGUUUUUCAGCGGGAUCCACAAGAAGGAGAACUACCUACCUGUUCCUUAGCCCCUAAGCAACGCUGGGCAGUUGGCGAUGAUACAAUGUCAGAGAAUCAAGAUAAAUGGAAAAACCCAACACCCAUACCCAUGAAUAACAUGCAUCAACAGGGGGCUGUACACUUAAAAGGCUCUCAAACAAAUCAACAAUACAUUAAUCAGGCUAUAGCCUCAUCUGUGGGCACACUUGCUAUGAAUCCGUCAGUUAUUGGAAGUCACCCUGCCCACUUGACUACUAACAUGGUUCAUACACAAUUAGCACCACUGCAAAACCAUACAAUAGGCAAUAACUUAACCAUCCAAAAUAGUGCAAUGAUGUUGCCACCAUUGCAAGGAAUACAGAAUGCACCACAGAUGGGACAGCAGGGCUUGUAUGAUUUACAUCAACAUCAUGCUAAUCCCAUGCACGCCAUGAAUGGAAUAGGAAAGAAUGCUGAACAUUUAAUGUAUUUAAGUCAAGCGGGAAUGCUUGCCCCUGCUACCAAUCAGUUCUUGCAAGGGCAAAAUCAGCUUGGCUUGACACCUGUGGCUGCUAUCAGAAACCAGAUUGCACCUGCUGCAAAAAAAUUAUGGGACAAGGGUCCAGGUGCUGGGGGAGAUAGUAAGGGUCCACAUCAUCUGCCACCACUACAACUUAACCCUGAACAAAUGUGGCGUGAUCCAACUUGGUCAGCUCAAGCUGUUGAACAUAAUGUCGGUGUCCCCAUGAUGGGCACACGUCGUGGUGUCGCUUUUCCCGGUGGUGACGCCGGCAGUAUCCUUUCACCUCGUGAUACUGCUGGUCUAGGGGUCAAAAUGGUCGAAUAUGUACUGGGAGGAUCGCCAACUGAAGCAGGCGGCGUAGCUACUGGGGGUGGUGAGAAAGUAGCUGGUGUAGUGACUGGGUUGCGCAAUAUGGUGCUGGAAGAGCGAGCUGAAGAUAAGUCAUCGUCACCAUUUGAGAAAGAUCUGCAUGAAUUACAUGAUCACAGUAACCUUCCUAAUGGACUGCACAAUGGUCAAGAAGAUGACAAAGCGUUUAACCGCACGCCGGGGUCGCGGCAGCCGUCGCCGGCGGAGGAAGAGGGCGGCGCGGCGGGCGCCGGCGCCGGCGGCGGCGUGCGCAACGGCGAGGCGGCCGCCUUCCCGCUGCUGCCGCACGCGCUGCCCGCCGCGCCCGCGCCGCUGCACCACCUGCCGCACCUGCCGCACCCGCAGCACGCGCCGCACGCGCCGCACGCCCAGCACGCGCAGCACCCGCAGCACCCGCAGCAUCAUCCAGGGAUGUUAGGUGUGGCUCCACUGCAGGGAUUGCCACAUCCUCAGCAUCCACAAAUCCAUCCCGGCAUGACUCUGAACGACUCUAUGAAUCAACACAUUGAACUCGUUUUGCAAAUGGAGCAGCAUCCACAGUUUGAUAAUAACAGUUUUGCAAGUACACAGCAGUACGCGGGCGGCGUGGGUGGCGUUGGUGGUGUGGGCGGCGUGGGCGGCGGCAGCGGCGGCGUGGCGGGUGCCGGCGCCGGUCUCGUCAACGGCACCUCCGUCGUACAGCCCGCGCCCGACUCCGCGCAGCACCACCAGCCCUUCGAGCUGCAGCAAUUGUUCCGGUCGCAACAGGCGGCGGCGGCCGGCGGGCAGGCGGCAGCGGCGCAGCUGCAGCUACUGCAGCAACAGCAGCAACAGCAAUUUCAACUGCAGCAGCAACUGGCUGCGCAGCAGGCUUUUACGCAGGCCCCCUAUGUGAUAAAUGCCGGGCAAGAGGGCACGCCGUACGUGAGCGCACUGAUAGCGGGCGUGCCGCCGUACUACGGCGUGGCGGCCCCGUGGGGCGUGUACCCCGGGCUAGUGGCGCAGCCCGCUCAGCAGCAGGCACAGCAGCCGCGCCGCCCGCUCACGCCGCAGCAGGGCGAGCAGCAGGUGAACGGGCAGGGUCAGUACGUAAUCCCGUACUACGACCCCGGCUCGCUGGUGAUGGGCGGGCGCAACGGCACGCCGCUGCGGCUGGUGUCGCCGGGCGGCGUGCUGGCGCCACGCCAGUACCCCGCCGCGCACGCCGCCACGCCCGCGGCGCCCGCGCCCGCGCAAACGCAGCCGCAGCAGCCGCAGCAAGGGCGCGGUGCGUCGUCGGUUGCAGGCGGCGCAGUGGGCGCAGUGGGCGCGGUGGGCGCUGUGGGCGCCGUGGGCGCGCGGCGCGACUCGCUGGAGUUCGGCGGCGGCGGGCCGGCGGCCGCGCUGCAGGAGUACGCGCGCAAGUGGGGGCCCUCGCCGCUGUCGCCGCCGCUCGCGCUCGGCCCCGUCGGCCUGCGCCCCGUGUCCGCCGCGCCCGGCGCCGAGACCGCCAAGUACAGAGCCGUCAGCAGUUUAGCGCAAGGACUAACAUCCAAUGGAAUGUUCGGCUCGUCAUCGUCGCUGCUGAGCAAGCUCAGUGGAGUCGGCACCAUCUCAGAACUGGUGGGCGGCGGGGUGGGCGGGGUGGGCGGGGUGGGCGUGGGCGGCGUGUCGGUGGGCGCGCUGGCGGGCGACAAGCCGGCCGCCGGCCGCUCGCGCCUGCUCGAGGACUUCCGCAACAACCGCUUCCCCAACCUGCAGCUGCGCGACCUCGCCAACCACAUCGUCGAGUUCUCGCAGGACCAGCACGGCUCCAGGUUUAUACAACAAAAAUUAGAAAGAGCGACAGUUCAAGAAAAGCAAAUGGUAUUUAAUGAAAUAAUUGGCGCAGCGUACAAUCUUAUGACAGAUGUAUUUGGGAAUUACGUUAUACAGAAGUUCUUUGAGUUUGGGACAGCUGAACAAAAAACGACAUUGGCACAGAAGGUCCGUGGGCAUGUUUUGGCAUUGGCGUUACAAAUGUAUGGCUGUCGGGUAAUACAAAAAGCACUAGAAUCUAUCCCAGCCGAACAACAACAAGAGGUAGUUCGAGAACUAGAUGGGCAUGUAUUAAAAUGUGUGAAAGAUCAAAAUGGAAAUCAUGUGGUGCAGAAGUGCAUCGAGUGCGUGGAGCCCGGGGCGCUGCAGUUCAUCAUCAACGCGUUCGCGGGGCAGGUGUACGCGCUGUCCACGCACCCGUACGGCUGCCGCGUCAUCCAGCGCAUCCUGGAGCACUGCACGCCCGACCAGACGGCGCCCGUGCUCGCCGAGCUGCACGCGCACACCGACCAGCUCAUACAGGACCAGUACGGCAACUACGUGGUGCAGCACGUGCUGGAGCACGGCGCGGCCGAGGACCGCGCGCGCCUGGUGGCGGCCGUGCGCGGCAAGGUGCUGCAGCUGUCGCAGCACAAGUUCGCCUCCAACGUCGUCGAGAAGUGCGUCACGCACGCCACGCGCAACGAGCGCGCGCUGCUCAUCGACGAGCUCUGCGGCUUCAACGACAAUGCUCUUCACGUGAUGAUGAAGGAUCAAUACGCUAAUUAUGUAGUGCAGAAGAUGAUCGACGUGGCGGAGCCGACGCAACGCAAAGUGUUAAUGCACAAGAUCCGACCGCACAUCGGUUCGCUGCGCAAAUACACGUACGGAAAACAUAUUAUAGCCAAGUUGGAGAAGUUCUUUAUGAAGGCGCCGGAACUGGGUCCUAUCGGACCGCCGCCGCCUAAUCCUGUCCUGUAG